AUGGCCGAAGUCUUCUCUUUGAUCGUGGAGGUUAACGAUGCCAAUGAUGCUUGUUUGGAAGGCUUUCGCGGGCUGAAGCACCGCAAGCCGUUAUUUGAGGAGCUGCUUGUAGAGGGCUUCGAGGCCAUUUUGAUGCUCUUGAGCAGCAGCUUCACUUGCGGCAAAAUCCUAGUGCAAAGCCACAUGCUGGGAGGGACAUUUCAGCAAACCUUGCUGGAGCGGGCUGCUGGUUCUGGGCCCUCUCAAGUUCUAGCUUGCGAGCUAUCAAUCAUGGAGGAGGUGACAGGAAUCACUGUGCCAGCCAAGUCUGCGAACUUGGCUUUCGCUUGGGCGAGCCGACCGUGUCCCCAAAGCGAUCUUGCCUCGCUUGGUCUCGCCUCAGCGGCCUUGCUGCCUUUGCGCUUCGUGGUCCUUGAUGGUUUGACCGAUGCGGCGAAUGUUGGGACCAUUGUGAGGGUUGCUGCGGCAUUCGGUGCUACAGCGAUUCUGCUUUCAACAGACUGCUGUGAUGCUCUUUCUCCUCGCGCCGUCCGAGUCUCGCUGGGCCAUGUUUUCCACAUUCCACUCCUCCAGGGCAAUCUUGUGGCGAUGCUUGAUGAGCUGAAGCAGGCCAAGGUCAUGACCAUGGCCGCCAUCGUGCAGGAUGCCAAAUUUCUCGACGAGGUGCCCAUUUUGCCUCAGCGCUGGGCAUUGGUUCUGGGCUCCGAGCACUAUGGUGUGAGCGCCGCUGUCCGUGCAGUUUGUGACCUUCCUUUGAAGGUGCGCAUGGCUGAUGGGGUUGACUCUUUGAAUGUCGGCACCUGA